CGGAUGGCCGAUUGAACCUGUAGCUCAGUGAGAGGGGAAGGGAUACAUGUUGCAAAGGCAGGAUGUUGGACUUUGCAAUAUUUGCAAUAACUUUUCUACUGAUACUGGUGGGAGCAGUUCUGUACCUUUACCCGUCUUCCAGGCAGGCAUGUGGCAUUCCUGGUCUUGCUCCAACAGAGGAGAAAGAUGGAAAUCUACAGGACAUAGUGAACAGUGGAAGCUUACAUGAGUUCCUGGUUAAUCUACAUGAGAGAUUUGGCCCUGUUGCUUCUUUCUGGUUUGGACGACGACUUGUUGUGAGUUUAGGAUCGCUUGACCUGUUAAAGCAACACAUCAACCCAAAUAAGACUUCUGAUCCAUUUCAGAUGAUGCUAAAAUCCCUAUUGGGGUAUCAGUCUGGUGUUAUUGGGGAAGCAGCUGAGAGUCAUGUGCAGAAAAAGCUGUUUGAGAAUGGCAUCAUCAAGGCCCUACAUAGCAACUUCAGUGUUGUAAUAAAGCUCUCUGAGGAGUUGUUAGCAAAGUGGCUUACUUACCCCCAAUCACAGCAUGUCCCUCUGUGCCAACAUAUGCUUGGGUUUGCCAUGAAGUCUGUUACCCAAACAGCUAUGGGCAGCAGCUUUGACGAUGAUCAGGAAGUGAUCCAUUUCCGCAGAAACCAUGAUGCUAUUUGGUCAGAGAUUGGAAAGGGGUUUCUGGAUGGGUCUAUAGAAAGAAGUCCCAACAGGAAAAAGCUGUAUGAAGAUGCUUUGAUGGAGAUGGAAACCGUUCUGAAGAAAGCCAUAAAGGAGCGUAAGGUAAAGAACCCAGGGAGGCAUGUGUUUGUGGACUCUUUACUGCAAGGGAAUCUGAGUGACAAGCAAGUCCUUGAAGACAGCAUGAUCUUUUCCCUAGCAGGAUGCGUGAUUACUGCUAACUUAUGCACAUGGGCUAUCUAUUUUUUGACUACCUCAGAGGAGGUUCAAGACAAGCUGUACAAAGAGGUGACCCGAGUUAUUGGGAAGGGCCCAAUAACAAUGGAUAAAUUAGAGCAGCUAAGCUACUGCCGGCAGAUAUUGUGUGAAACUGUACGUACAGCCAGCCUGACACCUAUUUCUGCACGACUGCAGGAGCUGGAAGGAAGGGUCGACCAGCACAUCAUUCCAAAGGAGACUCUUGUGCUAUAUGCCCUUGGUGUUGUGCUUCAGGAUAACACAGCUUGGCCAUUAGCCUACAGAUUUGAUCCGGAUAGAUUUAAUGAUGAAACUGCAAAACAGAGCCUCACUUUACUUGGUUUUUCAGGAAGUCAAGAAUGCCCUGAGUUAAGGUUUGCUUACAUGGUUGCAAUGGUGCUCCUCAGUGUCCUUGUGAGAAAGCUACAUUUACUUCCUGUAAAAGGACAAGUCAUGGAGACCAAAUAUGAGCUGGUCACAUCACCCAAGGAAGAGGCCUGGAUCACUGUGUCAAAGAGAAGCUAAUCCACUUUUAUGCUAGAAAGGUUGCACCCAUUUUGACAAAAAUAACGAAAUACCAUUAUUUCUCGGAAAAGACGUUCCUUAACUCUUUGGCUACCAGAAGCGCUUCAGAAUAUUACUAAUUUGUUAUAUUUUCUAAAAGAGGCAUGUGAAUCACAUGAGGCAAAUUUGUAUUAAAGACAUUUAAACUUUUUGACCACUCCUUGACCAAACCCACUUAAGGUCACAGUCACAAAGUUCAGUUUCAUAAAAAAUCUAAAGAUAAAUAUGUUAGCAUGUUAUACUUUUAAGCUGCUGUCACUGCUACUGUCACAUUGAUGGUACCACCAAUGCAAAAGUAACUACCCAUCAGCCGGAGUCUUUGGGUGGGUGAGCUACAAAAGUGGGGCAUUCUUGAGCCAAUAGCUGCUAAAAGCUGCCAUGCACCUGCCAAUGCAUCAACAAAUGACGUUGUCUGACAGGAUUGCCUGUUUCAAUGGACCCCCCAACCUGACCUACAUGUCCAAACUACCUAAGCAAAUCUGGACAUGUAUGGCUGGAAUUAUAGACAUAUAUUAAUUGUGGGGAAAUUAAAAUUUAUACCCAAAACCUUCCCAAGCCUGUUUUUGAAACCAAUACAGGAAUAUACAUAUUCCUUAUACAUUGCAAAUCUUUUUAUACCAUCAUUAAAAGCUGGCAACCAUUGUUUUGUGAAACCCUACAGUGUUUCAUGGCUGUAUAUUUUCAAAUUAUUUUAUGGAAAUUAGAUUUUUACAUUUUAAUAUUGUGAUUAAGACUCAUUCCUAAUCUUUAUUGUAUAACCGCGGAGUAAACAUUUUAGCCAUAGAUAGCUCUUUGUAAAGAGAAGGAGGAACAGCCCCAUUUAGGAUGUGACAUCUGUUAUGAAUAACUAUGUAUGCACUUAUGGGUAAGUAACUGAUUGUUAAAGUUUAUUUAUAAACAGGGUGUUUGUAGUGUGUCCUUUGCUUACACAGGGACUCACAUGUCCCUGCCAUGGUGGGAUUCCAAUAUAUAUAACUGCCAUGUCAAUAGUCUUUUAUCUACCACUGUGAGCAUGCUUGAAUAGCUUUUCAGUAAAUUUAACAAUAUUUUAUCCAGUAUAUAUCUUCAAAUAAGAAGUUGUGAUUGUCCUUGUGUGGAGUAAUUGUGCAUUUUAUUAUCACCUUUUGAAAUAAACAACUCCUAUCUGGAAUAAAGCAAUAAAACAUAAUUUUUAUAAAGUAGUGUAUUUCAUACAGAUGACCCAUGUGAUAUGUUUGUUUCUUCCAGUUGCCUCACACCUUUGUUUUAACUGACCACCAAACUUUUAAAUAAUGCGUUGCACCAGUCUGAUUUCACUAGCAGUGCAGAAUAAUGAAUUGCCUUGCAAGGAGGUGUUUCUGCAAACAGGUAUAGAAGGUAAAUGAUACAAAAAGAUGGGAGACAAAGUAAGGUUGUAGUAUUCAGCAUACUGAUAUCUUCUGAAACUGUAGACUUUUACACAAAAAUAUAUUUGAGCAUAUCUAAUUUUGUUAAAAUUAAUUCUGUACUAUACCAGGGCGUGGACCGGUGCCGGGCCACGGGCUGUGCUGAACCGGGUCACCUGGUCUCCCAUUGAUUUUGUAUUAUGGUGAGCUGUAUAUACUGUGCACUAGUUCCAAAGAUCUAAAAAUAAAUUACAAAAUAAAACUGUAA